UCGUUUAUGCUUAUGGCAUAUUUUUCAGAAUGCGGCAAGGCAUCUGUCUCAUGUUUAUGCAGCCAAUGAAGACUUUACACGCGGAAUGUCUUUAUAGUGCUGAAACUGAAGAAGAAUUUGAAUCCAUGUGGACAUCGAUGCUCACAAAAUAUUCUCUUACUGACUAUGAUUGGUUGAUAAAACUGUAUGCCUUACGAGAAAAAUGGGCUCCUGUGUAUGGAAGAGAAUAUUUUUGCGCUGGCAUGACAACAACUCAAAGGAGUGAAAAUGUGAACAGUUUUGUCAAGGGUUAUGUAAAUCGCACCCUAUGCAUUAAUGAUUUUAUAUUGCAAUAUAAGAAAGCGGUGAUGGACUGGAGGGAGAAAGAGUUACAAGCUGAUUACCAAAGUAAGCAUUCUAAACCUGUAUUUAUUUCUCUCUUGCGUUUUGAAAGAGAGGCAGCGAAGAUGUAUACUCGGAAGGUUUUCAGUAUAUUUCAAAAACAGUUAAAAAAAUUUGGUUGUUAUCUUGACAAAAUUGAAGAUGAGAAUGAUGAGAUUGCAGUUCAUAAGGUUGAGAUUGUGAGUUCGUUAAAAAAUGACAAAGAACGGAAAGUAUGGUUCAAUAAAAAAGAGAAUACAGUAGAAAGCAGUUGCAAUGGUUUCAAGUUUACGGGUAUUUUAUGUGUGCACGCUCUGAGAGUUCUUCUUUCAAGAAGAAUUUUGGAAAUUCCGUCGCAGUAUUUUCUAAAAAGGUGGUCUACGCAUGCCAAAGAUGGUUUUAUAACAGACAGUUCAGGGGCUCCAAUACUUUCUGACUGCAAUGAAUCUUCAAGCGUCCGAUAUAGUGAUUUAGCUCAUAUUGCUCUUACCGUGGCAAUGAAUGGUUCUGUAGAUGAAGGGUCUAGCUCCAUCGUCAAGCGUCAUCUUGCUUCUUGUGCAGAAGAACUAAAUGCCUACAGAAUAAGCCUUGAAACAACAGCACAAGUUGAUGACUCUGAAAAUCAUGAACAACAAGGAAAGGUUAAAAAUAAUGGAAGGAGAAAUAUCGAAGGGGAACUGAUCACCAUCCAAGAUCCACCUAUAAAGAAAAAAGUACGAGGGGAACAAAAUACAGGGUACAAGAGCCAAGAAAAAAACCUCUAAGAAAAAAACCCAGGUGCAACAAGGAACUGUAUAGGCACAUUUACGCUUUGGUUGGACCGAAGCCAGAAGCUGGUAGAAGUAGCUUCAGCAUUUGAGUUAGCCAGAAGCGGCAGUGUUCAAUUUUUUUUUUCUUCUAAAUUUAGAUGUUAAUUCAGUAAGUUUAUUUUUUAGCUUAUCGAUAUCGCUCUUCAUAACUUUGUUAGUUCUUAGCAUUUGGACAACCUUUGCAGACUUCGAUAUGUGUACGUAUCGAUUAAGUCUUAGUAUAACUUUGCUUCACGGUACAUACACAUCUUCCUAUUUGUCAUACUGCAUUUAUUACUGUGGCUUCUGUAACUCUCACAAACCUACCAUUGGUUU